CAUUUCGAAAAUUGAAAAUUUGCCCUUUCUUCACCUAAACAAAAUAAAGAUUCAAUUUUUAAAAUUUUGUGUCUUUAAAAAAAAAAUUAAAAACAAGAGUUCAACGCCGGAGAUGUGGCCGGAGAAAUCGAGACAUACGGUGGUGAUUCGAAUUUCGCGGUAUCGUAGAGCUCAAAAGUGAAAAAAAAUGGAUAGCCAGAAAGGUCCGGCGAAGCUGACGAGGACGAAGUCUUCUCUUCUCCGUUCAUUGCCGUCCGUACGAUCAUCAAUUCAUAGCCUUUCUUCAAUCUCAGAGGACGAAGAAAGUCUUUCUGAAGAGAAACCGAGAAGAAAACCGCUUCGUAAAACCAGGUCCGGUUUAAUCCGGUUUAGCUCAAUCAUGCUUCUUCUCUCUCUACUCUUCUUCUUCUUCUACUUAGGUCGAGAAGAGAUUCCCACCUCAGAGAAUCUUCUGAUAGCUUUAAUUUUCAUCGUCGUUACGCUUUUCUUAGCCUCCAAGAACAAAACCCUAAUCAACCAAAUCAUCACAACGGUUAAACAACCGUCAAAUCGUAACCACUCAUCAAAGCCGGUUCAAUGGUUCAUCGGCGAAUCAAGAACCGAAACCCACAUCAAGAAACUCCCUAGAGAAACAGUUGAGUAUUACAAUAAUAGCGAUUUCUACGAAGGAGAGUUUCACAAAGGUAAGUGUAAUGGAAGUGGAAUUUACUAUUACUUCAUGAAAGGUAAAUAUGAAGGUGAUUGGAUUGAUGGAAGAUACGAUGGGUUUGGGAUUGAGAGUUGGGCUAGAGGAAGUAAGUACAAGGGACAAUAUAAACAAGGAUCAAGACAUGGACAUGGUGUUUACAGGUUUUACACUGGAGAUUCUUAUUCUGGAGAAUGGUGUAACGGACAGAGUCAUGGUGUUGGUGUUCAGACAUGUGCUGAUGGUAGCUGUUACGUUGGAGAGUUCAAAUUUGGUGUCAAACAUGGCCUUGGCCGUUACCAUUUUAGAAAUGGAGAUACUUAUUCGGGUGAGUAUUUUGGAGACAAAAUGCACGGUUUUGGAGUAUACCACUUUGCGAAUGGACAUUGUUACGAAGGGGCUUGGCACGAGGGUCGUAAACAAGGCUACGGAAUGUAUACAUUUAGGAAUAGUGUCACUAAAUGUGGUGAAUGGGAUAGUGGACACCUUAAGACCCCUGUAGCUCCUCCUCUCACAGGCUCUAUUCUUAAAGCAGUUCAGGCUGCGAGGGAGAGAGCAGAGAAAGCGAUAAAACAGAGGCGAGUGGAUGAGAGAGUGAACAAGGCCGAAAUGGCAGCAAACAGAGCGGCAACAGCGGCAAGAGUAGCCGCUAUAAAGGCAGUUCAAUACCAAAUCGAUGGUACACUUUGCGACUUGGAGGCGAGAGAAUUAGCAGUCUAAACACUCUUGAUUGUAGCUAUUAUUGGGAGUUUGUGUAACUUCUCAAAUCCACCCUGACUUGCAAACAAAGAGUAUUUGCUCGUCGGAGGUUAGCUCUUAACUUUGCUUUUUACCACCUUGCAACUUGUAUAUAUACUCAUGAAUGCACAAUUAGAUCCACUUUCCUGGAUUAAUUACUAUAUCAAUUAAAGAGAAGAGAAUGGAACAGUGAACUUUAAAGUAAUGAAAUAAAAGUUAGUAGAUCUAUUGACA